AUGUGCGAGAAAAGUGAACAAUUUCACUGCGCCACUAAACACAACAACAGCAGCUGCAGCAGCAGCAAUAAAAACAAGCUGCUUACACCUGCAUGCAGCAUACUUUUAGGCGCUAAAGCUUUAGUACCAACGUCGUCUAGUAUUGGCGCAAUGUUAGCGCGGCAAUUGAGGCGCUGGCUGGCAUGUCGACGUCGUAGGAAGCGGAGAAAGAGCCACGAGGAGGAGCAGCAAAACAAGUGCGACAACAAAAACAACAACAGAACAGGCAAAACAACAGCCAGCAGUAGUAGAGGUGGCAUAGAAAAACAAAGUAGAGGCAUACGUGUAAUCAACAGCAAACGUAAUGAGAACAGUGCCAGCCGGGCAAUGGCAUUAACAGCAAGAUUGUUGCUUGCUGCGAAUUACAAGCAGAGCGGCUUGUUGCUAGCGCGAAACAGCAAUUGCCUGGCAACUGAAAAAAUGGCAGCAGUGGUAGAGUUGGAAGAAUGCAUUUUACCACGGCCAUUGUUAGCUGUGUGUACUGCAACAAUAAAGACAAAAACAACAACUGCAUCACUAAUAAGGCCGUUGUCAAAGUUGGUAAAAAGCAAGCGGCUCUCAAGCAGACGGAGACCGGGGGCAGUGGUGGGAGCAGACAAGAUGAUGCACCAGGAAAAGCAGCAACAGCAGCAAAAAGCGGCAUACUCACAAACAGCCGCUACUGUGGCGAAUGAUUUGCCUUCCACUUACCCAGAAGAAGAAGAAGAAGAACAACAACAACAACAACAACAGAAACAAAAUUUCCGGCAAUUUCCCGCUGACAACCCACUCCAAGCGCGCCUACAAGCCGAGGCAAAUGAGAGGCAAACAACAUUUUUGGGCAUGCAAUAUAGUAGCCAGCACGAAAUGCAGCAUGAAACACAUGAGCUGCAACAACAACAAACUAAGCAACAACACUGCCUACCAGCGCUAGCAGCAGCAACGUCGGCUGCUGCAAAACAGCGAGUAGCUUCAAAAGAAUGCGUCCAACAACGAAGUUGGCGAAAUUUAAUUGCAUGUAUUGUACGUGUACCCCAUGCAGAAACAAGUGAAACAGCAACAACAACCACUGUGAUGUUAAACAGUGCUGUGCACCCAGCAACAGCAACAGCAACAGUAAAAGCAACAACAGCAACUGGAGCAGCAACGCAAAUCAAUUCAAGGCGCGCAUGUAUCGCUUCUGUCGAAAGCAACAGCGCGCACGAAAAAAAAGCACCCACAGCAAAGGCAAUAAAAAGUUUGCCAAUAACAACAAAAAAUGCGACAGCAACAUUAACUAGCAUGCCAUCACAGCUCGAACAUGUGCCGUUUGUUGUUGCGACGCGUAAAUCCAAAUGUCGCAGAACAUUCGCGUUGACAAGCGCAUUAACAACGUCGACGAUGACGACGACGACGACGACGACUACGGCUACGGCUAUGACAAAAAAACCAACAGUGAUAAAGGCUACAAAAACAACAACGAGAAUGAGUAAAACAAAAGCGCCAUUAGCCCGCAACAGAACACUGGCAGCUUUUUUUGGCGAUAUUUUGACACUGCUUGUUGGCUCAGUGGCGCUACAUGCUACCGCUGUAUAA